AUGAAUGGGCCGCGUCCCUCGACUCGCGCGUUCCUUUCUGAUCUCUCGUCUCUACAGGAAGACUCGAAGAUCCGCUUUCUUGGCUGCGUGACACAUUAUAAGAUCAGCACUGGCCAUCUGAUCCUGGAACACAACUAUCCACGCAGCAAGACCACACCAAGCUCUGUAUCUGUCGAUAUCAAUGGCAUCCUUGAGGACGUGACUGCUGAAGCGCUGCACGUGGGGACAUGGCUCAAUGUCCUAGGCUAUGUGAGAGAUUUGGAGCCAGCGCCGCCCCCAUCCUCGUUCUCAUCAACUCCUGACGAUGCAAGUCAGCCGAGUCAGAGGCCUUCUACGGUGCCCCCUCGCCCAGUGUACAUCGAGGCAAUCCUGGUCUUCCCAGCUGGAGCUAUUGAAAUCGGAGAAUAUGAGCGGAUUCUUUGCAAUAACCGAGAUGUCGAGCAACUGAUACGGUCUACACAUUGA